GGAAACCAGACCAACCAGCAGCUCACGAUGAGCCUCGGCAGCACCAUGAUAGAUUGAUCAGCUGUUGCGCUGUUGAGACGCAGUCCUUCGAUCGUCGAAGACAAAGACCAGACCAAGAUUAGACCGUAAGGCUCUCUCUCCAUGUCUACACUGACUCCCUCGAGUCCCAGUAGUCUCACAGCACCGGUUCUGGUCCAGUUCCAGCUGGGUCUGUUCAGGGAGGUGGUUCGAGUCCCUGCGGGCAACCUGAGCUACCGUCAUGCCCGGAGGUUGGCUGCUGAGGUCAUAGAGCGCAAGGCUCCAGACUGCAGUGUGGUGGGUGUCGGGGAGAAGAUUCUGCUGUUCAGACAUCAAGCCGCCUCCGAGCAGUUGCUGCAGCGGCUGACCGACUCCGACGAGCUGCAGGAUGGCGACCUCAUUGAGGUCAUCGUUUCAGGAUCAGCCUCCGUGACGCAGGUGACGAUGCGUCCACACUCCUUGGCGGUGCAGUCGUACCGGACCCCCACUUUCUGUCACCACUGUGGAGAGAUGCUGUGGGGCCUCGUUCGGCAGGGUUUAAAAUGUGACGGUUGUGGAUUAGACUUUCAUAAACGUUGUGCUUUGCAGUUGCCCAGUAACUGUAGCCGAGCACGGCGUCAGGUUAGCACCAGCUUUUCCCUGUUUCCACCCCGGCGACCUCGCACACACUCGCUGUCCAAUCAGGCAGGCGGGAGUCUAGAAGAGAUCAGCAAGUCCAAGCCCGCAUCCAGGCCUCCAUCCUGGGCCGAGGCUCCGGUGUGGCUGGGAGUCGGGUACAGCGACUGGAGCAGGGCUCAGGUCCCUCACACCUUCCACAUCCACAGCUACACCAAACCCACCGUCUGCCAGUACUGCCACCGGCUGCUCAAAGGCCUCUUCAGACAGGGGCUGCAGUGCUCAGACUGCAGGUUUAACUGCCAUCGGCGCUGUGAGCCUUUAGUCCCCAGAGACUGUCCCGGAGAGAGGAACGGCAUGAACGGGGAAGAGAGCCCAGCAGCUGAUAACAGCUGCCAACCAGACUUGGAAGACAAUGAGUCAGUGAUCACCAGCACCACAGAGAUCUGCGACGAUGACAUGUUCACCGAUGAUGACUCACAGGCAGAGACCGGGGAAGUCGAGCAGCUGCGAGAGCCGAUGAGUCCUUGUUUCAGCAGCAACAUCCCCCUGAUGAGGCUCGUCCAGUCGGUGCAUCACACUAAGAGGAGAGGCGGAGGAGUCCUGAGAGAGGGGUGGCUGGUCCACCACACCAACACAGACACAUUGAGGAAACGCCAUUACUGGAUCUUGGACUGGAAGAGCAUGACUCUGUACCAGAAUGAAAACACCACGAAGUUCUACAAGGAGAUCUCUCUGUCCGAGGUGCUCGGGGUCCGAGGCCCCACCCAGCUCUCCGUGCCACCAUCAGACGGCAGCGCUCACUCGUUCGAGCUGGUGACGGUGUCGCUGGUGUACUGCGUGAUAGCUGGCGAGGAGGGGGCAGCCUGGGAGAGCGCCAUCCGGCAGGCUAUGAUGCCGGUGGAGAGCAGCAGAGGACACAAAGAUGAGAUCCAGGAUCAAUACCGAUACAGACGCAGUGCGGACAUCAGCUCGGUGUAUCAGAUCUGUACAGACGAGGUGCUGGGGUCGGGACAGUUUGGCGUGGUGUACGGAGGAACUCACAGGAAGUCGGGUCGAACAGUUGCCAUCAAGGUCAUCGACAAGACGCGUUUCCCCACCAAACAGGAGACGCAGCUGAGAAACGAAGUGGCCAUCUUACAGAAUCUGUCGCACCCCGGCGUGGUUCUGUUGGAGGGCAUGUUCGAAACUGUCGAGCACGUGUUUGUUGUAAUGGAGAAGCUGCACGGAGACAUGCUGGAGAUGAUUCUGUCCAGCGAGAAAGGUCGACUCCCUGAACGCAUCACUCGCUUCCUCGUCAUGCAGAUUCUGGAGGCUCUGCGGUACCUGCACUUGAAGCACAUCGCUCACUGUGACCUGAAACCUGAGAACGUACUGCUGGCCACUUCAGACCCCUUACCUCUGGUGAAGCUGUGCGACUUCGGCUUCGCCCGGAUCAUAGGGGAGAAGUCUUUCCGGCGCUCCGUCGUGGGGACUCCGGCCUACCUGGCACCCGAGGUGAUCAGCAGCAACGGCUACAACCGCUCUCUGGACAUGUGGUCUGUCGGCGUCAUCAUGUACGUCAGCCUGAGCGGCACGUUUCCCUUUAAUGAAGAUGAGGACAUCCGGCAGCAGAUCACCAACGCCACCUUCAUGUACCCGCGCCAAACCUGGGCCCCCAUCUCACUGGAGGCUGUGAGCCUCAUCAAUAACCUGCUGCAGGUGUCGGUGAGACGGCGGUUCACCGUGGGCAAAGCGCUGGGACACAGCUGGCUGCAGAACUUCCAGCUGUGGUGCGACCUCCGGGAGUUCGAGCUCAGGAUGGGCUGCAGGUACCUGACGCAUCGAGGCGACGAGGACCGAUGGCGCUUCUACGCUGCAGAGAUGGGGCUGGACUUCCCCUCCCGCCUCUGCUGUGACCCCAACAAAGAAUUGGACAUGUGACCUCGAGCACAGAGGUUAAGGGUCGGACACUUUAUCAGACUGUGCAGCUACAUUAAAAAAAAAAAAACAUUCAGCAGUGAGGCCGCGGAUCAAACGGGAGAAAAGUAAUAAAGACACAAACACGUGUGGUUUUAAUAAUAUAAUUUUCCUUUUUUAUUUUCAAGUUGAGGUUUUUAACAUAUGACUGAAAGAGUGGCAUCAGUGAUGAGACAGCAUGAGUUAGGGAUGAGGGGGAGGAGGAGGAAAAUGGAGCACAGAUGAGUUAAGAUAUCGAGAUCAUGCACAGGGAGGAGCCUAACACAGCGAUCGUCGUGGCUGACCUCUUCUCUUCAAAUGCUACCUUAAACCCUGUGUUGUGAGUACGCCUGCUAUGGUUCCACGUACAGUUUUGAUUCUUCCCGUUUCAUCCACAACUUUCCUGAUGCCCUGUCUGACACCUCUCUCUGUCUCUGUCCCCCUUCUCCUCGUAAUUUUACAAUUAGCCCAAAAAAAGGCUAAAAAAAGGAGUUUAAUAAGAGAGGUGUGUGGGAGAGGUCGCUCUCUCUGGCCAUAACAGCUCAUCUUUCCGUAUCCGUUCCCGAGUCACCGCCCAGCCACGGCGCUCUCCUCCCGUUCCCCCCCACCUGUGUCUUUUAAUACUCGGCGCUCCCAUUCGUCCUCCGUGUGUUCCUGAGUUUCUUAAGGCUUUAAGAUCUCCAGGUUAAAUCGCAUCUUUGCUAACAUUCAGGUUUCACAGUGCUGUGGUGAGAGUUUUCAGUAGCACCCGACAGGCCUCGCUCCUCUGCUGACUGCACUCGUGAACGGGCUCCUGCGGGGGUUCGUGUGAGGGCGAGUCGGUGACUCAAAAGGCCGUUUUUUUUUUUUCUAAACUUCAACAUAGCAUGCAUCUGCACAAAUACACAACCAACCAAGCCAACUGACCAAUCACGUUUUCUUCUUUGAUCACCCUUCUACAAAAAAUUAAAAAAAAAAAAAAGGAGGAGAGGGGAAGAGCACACGGCUUUGCUCAAAAAUAAUCUAACUUUCGUUCUCUCUCGUUGCCUCCUUCUCUUUAAAGCCUUGUGAAGGCAGGUAUGUCAUUAUGUAUGCUGCUUACAUAAGUUCAGUGCAAUAACUGGUACACCUGUUUUUUCUUCUUCUUUUCUUUUAAACGAGAGAGGAGCUGAGCAGCCUGAACAGAGUUUGUGAGGUCUGAGCAAAGUCUUCUGCUCUUCCCCUCUGAGCAGUGUUCCUGUGUUUUAAAAAGAGGGAUGGGCGGAGUUAGGAAGAGGGGAAUAAAGUUAAGAUUUGAGAAGGUGGUGGGGGAAAAAAAAAAAAAAAA